AUGGCAGAUGAACCUCGAAGAUCCGUCCGCGCGACGAAGGGCGUCCAUACUGGAAAGAUGGACCUGGAGUCUACUCCCGAACCCAAAAAGAAAGGAUCCAAGAAGAAGAAGGUAGAGAAGGAGGAAGAAGCCGAAGUCAUUCGUUGUGUCUGCGGUGCAGUUAGCAGUCCUCCUGGGGACGAGGAGCCGUGGAUCGCAUGCGACAACUGUACCGUCUGGCAGCACAACGUCUGCGUUGGGGUCACCACCUUCGAGGAUGAGAUACCCGAGCACUAUCUUUGUGAGCAAUGCGGCCCCGCGGGUCACAAAGAGCUCUUGGACGGACUGAAGAAAGGAAUCAAAGUUUGGGAGAUACGCCAAAAGAAACACGCCCAACAACAGGCUCAGGCCGAGCAAGAUGAAAAGGAAGAGAAGCCAAAGGGGAAGAAGAAGGGCAAGCGAGUCAGUGAUCCAGCUACCAACGGCAAGGCGAGCUCCCCUUCUACGCCACUGAAGAAGGAUACACCUCGUGCUGGCAGUGCCAAACGGAAGAUCAGAGAUGAAUCCCAAGAAGAAUCCAAAUCGAAAGUUCGCAAAGUAUCUGCUGCACAAACACCACGACAAGAAUCACCACCAUCCGAACUUCCUGUCAGACUCUCCGAUCUUCACGACAUACUCAAGGAAGGAGGUGCCAAAAUCAUCAUGAAGAAUCUCAAGAGUGCCAUCUCCCAUGCUAUCAACAAUCACGCCUACAGCCUGGCGGAGAAUGAUACACUAGAUGCGAAGGUGGAACGCCUUGCCAUUCAGAUCCAAGAUGCUGUCACGAAUGCCCACCAGGACAAGCAUUCGUAUACCGCUAAAUGUCGAAUGAUAGCCGCCAAUCUCAAGACGAAUCAAGAACUCACAGACCGCCUUCUCAAACGGACAUUGCUACCUAGUGCACUUGCUACCAUGUCAUCAGAUGAUAUGGCUAGCAAGGAGCUGAAGAAGGAAGUGGCAGGACUCAAAGCGCGUGCAGACAAGCAGGCAAUCAUGGUCACAGAUGAUGGUCCAAGAAUACGUCGAACUCAUAAAGGCGAAGAGGUUGUUGAGGACGAGAACUUUGCCAUCGCAAGUGACGCUAUGCCCAUCUCUCGCAGACGAAGCAUGCUAGAUCCAAACGCUCAGAUGGCUGUCCGCUCCCGGGAGAAUUCACCAGGAAAUAUUGACCCCGAAGACAUCGACUCGUAUCGCAGCACUGACGACAUCAGAGGAAAUGCUGCUCCAAAAUUGGCGGUCCAGACAAGAAAGCCAUCUCAACCAGAUUUUGAUUACAACAAAGUCAUCUCUCAAGUUGCCCCGUCUCCAAUUACUUCCCAACAUGUUCGUCGAGAAUCUUCAAAUAACUUGCCGCCAGUCAGUGGUCCAGGUGUUGACCCAGAAAUCGACAAGAUGCUCCAGGAUGACGAAGGAGAUUCUGAUGCUUAUUCACCAGCCGCAUACCCCACCGAUCCUGACGUUGUUUGGUAUGGGAGUGUGACGAUGGAAUCCAUUGCAAGGUUUCCUGCUUCGGCAAAACACGUUGCAGGAUUUACCGAGAAGAUUGCUGCAUCAUGGAAGGACAACCUCCACAAGGACCUCAAGAUUGCAGGUAGGAUCGAUCAGGAUAAGGCGAACGAAUACCUGUGCAGUCUGCGAUACAGCCCUCCCACUGAUGUCGCUGUUGUCAGUAUCACACCUAUUGGCGAAUCUUCCGACCCUGAUUUCCUUGCGCUAUACCAAUACUUUGAGUCUAGAAAGCGGUACGGGGUUUUAACAAACAAAGGGUUGGGUAAUGUCCGCGAUACAUACCUCGUCCCUGUUCCACCUAGUCCUGGAAGCUUGCCAGAUUUCAUCACGAACCUCGAAGGUCACACUGUACCCGAAAGCCGCACCGAUCCCAUACUACUUGUAGCCCUGGUCAUCCGCAAUGAUAUCAACGUUGAUCAGCAGCCACGAGUCAAUGCCGAUUCUCCGUCUGUCGUAAACCACCCGCAGCGUCAAAUGUCAAUCUCUGGAAUUGGCGCUGGCCCUGCAAUGUCCCCUAUCAAUCCUCAAGGAGCUUUCGCCGCGCCUCCCGUUCCCCAACAAGGAUUUUCCCACGACGAAGCGCAACGUCGGCAAAUGGAAGACCAGAAGGCAGGAGAGGCUGCUGCAGGCGAGAUUCUUGGUCCGUACAAAGAUGCACCCACUGUAGCAUUCCUGAUGCCGCAAGCAUACCAGAUGAGGCCGGUCGAGUGGCAGAUCAUUCGUGGCAUACUUGAAGAAGACGAAAAGGCACGUGUGGACUUGCAGCAUAUGAGCCAGGUAUUGGAGGUCAGAAUGCAGAGCCAUGAGCAACAAGCUCAUCGCUGA